UCUUUUGACAUCCUAUGGGAUGAAGGGCUUGUUGACCUUGACGAGGGGAUCUCAACAAGGCAUAUGCCCACCCUUCCCCUUCUUUGGGACCUUCCUCGACCAAGGCCGAGUGACUCCCCGUUAGGGUAUUAUUAUCAGUUAGGAAUCCUUAAUGAACACCCACCACGGGGCUAUUUGCCACGAACUUCACGAACCCACCAGACGAAUAGACGGACAAAGACCCCAACCCCCUCCUCGGAACCAACACAUCACACUCAAACCCAAAUCCACGCAGGAUCCAAACCCCUCACCUCACUGGCCAACGAUGGCCCUGCGAGACUAUCAUUAACCUUAAGAGAAGGUCUUGUGAAGGAAAAGCCAACUCAGACACCACGACUUGGCAGCCCAGAGACCCCCAAGAUCGAGCGCAGUCGAAGACGUUCAUUAGGUGAUGAUUUUCGGUAA